CAGCCGCUCGGUUUUGAGGAGCCUGCACGAUGUUGCCGAUUCUCCUCCUCGUCGCGGUGUGCCAGCUGAACUCGCCAGGGAGGGCCGAAGUGGUGACCUCUUUUGAAGAUGUCUGCCCCCAGUUUUUCUUCAGAGGAACCCCUCCGAGUAUCGGGCUGGCUCCCCCGCACCCGGCUCGGAUUUGCCAGCGGUACAAAAACCAAUAUCGUUUUGCCACUCUGUACGACCGAGACAACCGCAUCCCUGUGUUCUCUGCGUACAUCUACAACCCUGGGCAGGCAAAGAGGCCGAACACAUGGAGAAUUGAACCCCAGCUCUUGGAUUUAGCACUGCCGCCCGAAAUGGAAACGGAAGGAUCCCUCCUGCAGGAAGGUGGUGACAUGCAGGAAGCACUUCAAGGCAGCCAGGCCGUUUUGCUAGAUUACAAGAACCUGACCGAUUUCAACAGGGGUCACCUGAACCCCAAUGGCCACCAGCCCGACCGGGACGCCAAGUCUUCCACUUUCACGUUGACCAACAUUGUGCCGCAAUACAUCAAGCUGAACGGCGGGGCCUGGAACCACUAUGAGCAGUCGACGAUGGCAAGCAAGACCGAGGGAUGCCAGGAAACCUUUGCCGUGGUGGGCGCAGUGCCAGGGGAUAGCUUCAUUGCCAAAGGGAGGGUCAACAAGCCCAGCCAGGUAUGGUCUGCAGCCUGCUGUGUCAUAGACAACAAUCACCUGAGAUCUUGGGCCAUAAUUGCCCGCAAUGACGAAAACGCAGUGCAGACUCUCACUCUGGGGCAGUUGGAGGAGAAGCUGGCAGAGUUGUAUAACCAGAGUCACAUCUCUCUGUUUCAUAGCGAUUGUCCCCGGGAAUAAAGCCUUGUCCACAGAGACAUCCUGCACGAAUCUAGCGAUUUCAAAGUUAUGUUAGUCACAUGUUA